GCUCCCCUUUUCAAUUCCCCUCCAACAUGUCUGCCAACAUGCUGCCCCGGGCUCUGUGCCCUCUUCCCCAGUGGACAAAUAUUUACCCCUGAUUUCAUUAGUGACGCUUUGUGAGCUCAUGGGCCAUUUCAGUCCACUGCUUUCUCUGACCUUAUUGAUCUGGGCUCUGGCUCUAGGUCUGGGCAGAUAACUUUUGGAGAUUUUCUUGUCUGGGAUCAGGUGAAGACCUGUCGCUGUGUAGGCUGUCAUGUAUUAAACAUGCUAAAACAGGAGUGGGUGAUCUCCCCCUGUGAGGGUUGAUAUGGGUGCAGGCUUUUUCUCCAGCCAGUAGUAACACACCCCAUACUACUAAUCUCAUCUAAUCAUUGUCUUCCAUUCAGGCUUUUGUUAGUAGAAACUGUUCUCAGUUUUAUUGUGACCCGCUUCAAUGUGUUACUGUCAUAGUGUAUUUUUCUCUCUUGAAAAAAAAGACAGAAGUCUAAGCAAUGUCAUGUGGGAGUUGAUAUAUUAAUAUGUCUGUAUGCACAUAUUUGAGGUAUUUAUGGUAUUUAGAUGCAUGGUAUAUAGCAUAUAGAGCAUUUAAAGAGUUAAACCUGGAGACACUGAGAGGGCAGGAGCCAUGCUGCCUCUGAGACCGCCCGUUUUUUCUGACCUCACAGUUCAACUGGCAUACACAUACACAGGAAGGGAACACUAGCACAGGCACACAGACACAUGAUAUAGCGAGACUUGCACACAAACAGACACUUAUUGAGUUUUCAAGAGGGUCCAUGUCUUCAGCUGUCAGAGGAAGUUGAGACUUGGAGGUGGAAGACUGGGUUUAGAAGAAUGCAGAGGAGAGGAAGACACUGACGAGGAGUGAGACAGAGGGGAGAGUGGGAGAGCUUUCUGAUCAAGCCUUCAUGUAGAGAUUGUUCAAAAAGACAGUGAGAGCCAGACAUAGGAAUGGAAAGGUCCAAAUCAAGCUAGUUAAUCUGCAUUUUGUUUAUUUUGACCUUCAUCUGGAUAGAAAAGGAAUUCCAAAUUGGCGGUUUAAGGGAGCUUCACUCUUGCUUCUACAACUGUUGAACAUGCGCUUGGUGACAAACUCAACUCAUUCUGUCCCUCAACCACAUCUAAGGAUGUUACCCGGGAGAAAGAAAUUGACUUUUUGAAACACACAGCAGCUUUUCAAGAGGUGGAUUUUUCCAUGUUUUUGACAGGAAUGUUGGUGGGAAAUACCAAGGAGGAUUUCCCUCAAAGCCUCAGACUUUCUCCCAGAUUCUCGCAGGGAUUGUCUUGCUGUUUUGGCUUUUCUUAUAAUUGCGGCAUCUUCGGUCCUCUCUGUUUGACAUAUCAUUCAUUUGAGCGGCAAUGGGAACCAGGUGCGGCGUGAGGAAAGCAGCAGGGUCGCGCGAAAGGAGACGGACAAGAGCACUCUAAUGUUCCCACCGUAGCUUUCAAAAGAAGAAGGAAACUAAGGAAAGCAGAGAAAGAAGUAGAAAGGGGAAAAAGAGGGAGCGAGAGGAGGAGUGAGUAAAGGGGGGAGAAAUAUGAGUUUGCCAACAAACUGUGUAUUCAUGGCCCCCUCCACGGACCGGUCGUUCAAAGUGCGGAAUGGGAAUAUCUGUGGAUCCCCGUGCGCAGUCAACCGGCCCAUUGACAUUGUCCAGAAGCGCAGGCGGUAAAUGCACCACGUUAUUAUUCCCUCUCACCUAUUCUACCAGAUGCUGCAUGUAAUCAUUUCCAUGUAAAAGGACCAAUGAAGACCAACAUGUGAAGUUUAUAGGAGCAUGUCAAAUCUGCUGUCAAAUGGAAGAUAAGAGUCUGUUGUUGUUUUUUUAAUUAAGGCAUAUAUACAUGUUUCAACCAUGUUCUAUACUAAAUAUUAGGAAUAAGCAGAGGCUUUGAUUUCUGGUCAAACAGAUAGGGGCCUUAGAAAACAUCUUAAAAGGUAUUAUAAAUACAUCAAAACACAAUAAUGCUGAAUUAAAGACCCCUGCCAACUAAUAUCAACACUUAUAUUUAGUUUUGGAGAGAUGACUUGCCUUGUUUAAUUUUUUGAAACAUUUUCCUGUGCCUUGAAAUUCUGUUACCAAAAACCCACAUAUCUUUAAGAUAUUUUCUCAUUUCUCUCCUUCAUCAGGAGGGAGGAUAAUGGAAGUUCACAGAAGUAACAAGUAAAGGUUUUUAGGGAUAUCUAUUUGGUUUAUGAAUUGAGUUAAAUUAUGAAUUAUUAAAUUAAAACUUGAAAUUCCGUUACUAAACUGGUAGUAACUGGUAGUUUUCUGUUACAGAAAAAUCUGUAACAGAAUUACUGCAAUUGAAUUGGCUACAAUGGGAAAUCAUAGUAGGCACAAACCACAGUUGGGUCACCUGCGACAGUCCUCCCUUCCACUGGCAUACUGGUACUGUAUGUUCAGCUCAUAAAUGUUUUCUUUCUGUUUCUGUCAUCUGGUGUUCAAAGCAAGAGUGUAAAGAACCAUCUGGACAACCCCUCCUUCCCUCUCUCUCUCUCUCUCUCUCUCUCUGCCUCUCUCUUCUCUCACUCUUCUCUCUCUCCAGUUAAUGUCACCUCUCCCGGCUCUUACUCACACCUACCCAUGACCCCCUCUCUUACCAUUUACUGUAACCAGCAUCCUUACCGACUGACACUGGACUUGCAUGAACAUUGAAAAGUAGUUGAAAUUUGGUCAGUCCGCCCUGGCCUUGAUUCCAACAUACACAGACGUUGUUUUUUUUUUUUUGUAUUGUCCGGACCGGACCAGUUUUAAUUUCAACAUCUACAGAUGUUGAUUUUUGGUCCGUUCCGGACCGGCCUUGAUAUGCCCCAAACAUAGACGUCCAUGAUUCGUUCAGAUUUGUCUCAGUUGGACCCGACCAAAUCUGAACCAAUCAUAGAUGUCUAUGUUUCACAAGUGUGGAGAGCACAGUAGAGUACAGUAAAGUUAAAACAAAAAGAGUUGAGUAUAGUUCAGUAGAGCACACUAGAGUUGAGUACAGUAUACUGUACUGUAUUGUACUGAACUGUACUCUACUGUGCUCUACUGUGUUGUGCUUUGAUGUCCAAACUUAUAAAACAUAGAUGUCCAUGAUUUGUUUAGAUUUGGUUCGGUCCCAAAUUUGGUCUUGUUUGCGGGCAAAGCUCAUUAAAAUAACAGCCAUUGUGUAUAAAAAUACCCAAAUAUGCAAAGGAGGGUAUUGCAUAUUUAUACCUGUUGUACCUAUUUAAGAUACAUCACCAUGAAGAGAGUUACAUUCAUAUCCAUAAUUAUGCAUGUCUGGGUAGUACAGAUCAGGGACACCUGGUGAAAUUCCAUUACCUGGUGUAAAUCCACUUCACUUACUGUAGUUCAAUACUGUUGAUCAAUAACCAAAAGAGAACAGGUGUAAUGUCAUAGCUGACACCCCAUUUUUUUCUGCAGACAUUUUUUAAAUCUUAAUUCGGAGCAGAUAUUUAAGAGUUUUUGGAAAACGUGGUAACACAAAAAAAAUGAAAUUCUGUUCCCAAACUUUGAUCGGCACAAUUCUUCCAGUAAAUGUGUUUUUGUAAAAUGUUCUGUUCAAAUUGUUCAAAGUAGUCCUUAUUGGCAGAGUUGUAUGGUUUGUUAAACUUUGAAAUCAAUGGAUUUUGUUUGGCAUAAAUUGAAAGUGAGUCUCAGCGCAAUUCCUUUACCCUGGAAUUGUCCAUGUGUCUGUAAUGAACACGAUAGGAGACAGAGCAGUUUUCAAGUGCAGAGCGCAGCAGGUGUUUAUUGGAAGGGACCAUAGGAGGAGGCAGGUAGCUAGGUCCAGGGACAGGGAGAAGGUCAUACACGGUAGGUCCAAAAUGGCAACAGUACAGGCAAGGAAUAGGCCAAAAGAGUUGUGAGUGAGGCAGGCAAAAACUAUCAUACACGGGAGGAGUGAAGGACGGGGAAAAAACGGCACUCCGAAAGAAGUGUGUCUCAAAACAAACAAUACCCCACAGUGAUGGGGUGCAAGGAACUGAACGAAACAGUGUGGGAUGAUGAUAUACAGGUGUGUGAACAGGUGAUUAGAAUUCCGGUAAUUGGGAUCUGGAGAGUGAGCUGGAAAGUGGGCUGCGUUCCGGGGAUCUAAGUGUUUGGGAGUGUGAGUUGGACGCAGACGUUACAGUUUCAUUUUCAGCACCCACACACAUCUGUGUGCUUUUAGGCCAGUUUCACUUUAACACAGCUCUUUCAUCCUAUCUUGGUGCUGGUUUUGUGUCACCCUUUGUUACCACAAGCUAUGUUGAAUCUUAUAAGUCAUGGGAGCUUUUAAAAAUAAAAAGUUGUUAUGACUUUGUUUGGUAUUAGGAUGUUUCUCAGCUAGCUGUAGUAGCUGUGGAUAUGGCCAUGACUGUGACUGGACUAUGACUGUCAGGCUAGAAUGAUGUGGCCAGAGGGUUUCUUUUAAUGAAGAACACAUGGCUUCUCAGCACAGGUGAAGUCAGAGGUCUUCUGGUCUGUGACAGACUUAUUACCACUACUGGCAUUCACACCACACACACACGUUCACGUGCGGCUCACAUCACACCACACUCAACAGAUGGCAAUAUGUGAAAGAGGCCAUUAUGUUAGCUAUAUAGUUUGUACCCCGGGGACUCGCGUUCACGUUAGUCUCAGUGCUCCAGUUUAAAGAAGCAAAACUAAUUCUGUAUCUGACAUUUGAAAACGCAUGACGACAAACCCCUUCACCGCGGAAACAAAGUCUGUUUAUAAUGUCAGGCCCAAAUGUUUAAAACACUUCAAAGGCAACGUCUAAUGAACGUUGAGUCAGGCGUAUUUAUAGGCCGGCGUGGUGGCCCGAUGAAUUGAACAUAUGCAACUAAUAACACAGUAAAAAUCUGUUUAGAGAAAAACGAUGUAUACUAUAUAAUCUUCCAAAUCCUCUAACUAGCCUCUCUCUCAUCAUUUUAGUUUCCGCUAAUGCCAACAAGCAGCCCUCCUUCCAAUGCAGUGCUUUUCAAUAUUAAUGCUUUGGGCACAACUUGAUUAAGCCCAUAAGUAGGAAUAGAUUAUUUAUAGUUAAUGCUGUGGAUAUGAUUUAUACGCACAGGAAAUGCAGCUCUUGACGUUUGUGGCUGCUGAAGAGAAUGGAGUGUCAGAAGGCCGCCUCCUCUCUCCUAGUUUGGGUUCAGUCUUUGGCAAGCAUCCCUCGUCUCAUCUUGUCUAAUCUUGUCUCAUGUCCAGCUCCACACUGGACCUUCUCUAUAUUUGCUAGAACAUUCUCCUGAUCCCAUUGGUCUGUUUUAAUCUCUUAUAUUAGUAUAAUAUUACUGAUAGUACUAUUAAGUAUAAUACUAUUACAUGACUGUAUAGGUAAGUUUUGCUUAGACUAUGAACAAUAGCGAGUUAUUUUGUAGAAUAACCCAGUCUGAUAAGUAAUGUGUGGUGAUAUUGGAUACAUCCCAUAAUGAGCAGCCAGCUCACAUGUGAUUCACAUGAAAACCAUUUGACUACCUUUUCAUAAGGUGCUGCUUCCUGCUAGACCUCAAUGAUGUGAAUGUGGUGAGCAGAAGCAUGAGUGGUAACCAAAUGAUGAACUGAAAAUUAUAGGACACAAACAUGGCUGGAUAUUAGCAGGUAGGCAUGGGUAACUGAAAUAACUGAGAUUAUUAUUUAAAAUGUUUUAUUUAACCUGUAUUUAGCUAGGCAAGUCAGUUAAGAACAAAUUCUUAUUUACAAUGACGGCCUACCCCGGCCAAACCCUAACCCGGGCAACGCUGGGCCAAUUGUGUGCCACCCUAUGGGACUCCCAAUCACGGCCGGUUGUGAUACAGCCUGGAUCGAACCAGGGUCUGUGGUAAUGCCUCUAGCACUGAGAUGCAGUGCCUUAGACCGCUGCGCCACUCGGGAGACCCCCUUAGAAGUGAGGUGUUGUGUUGGUUGCACGUCUGUUUGUGACUAGGCUCCUGUGGAAUAUCCCAUGUACUUGCAGCAGCUUAUUCUAACGGCAGUCUGAGUCACAAAGAAUAUAGUGCCUUCAGAAAGUAUUCAUACCCCUUGACUUAUUCCACAUUUUGUUGUUUUACAGCCUGAAUUUAAAAUUGACAAAAACAAAAAACAAACUCACCCAUCUCCACACCAUACCCCAAAAUGACAAAGUGAAAAGAUGUUUGCAAAUGUAUUGAAAAUGAAAUACAGAAAUAUCUCAUUUACAUACACUACCGGUCAAAAGUUUUAGAAAACCCUUGAAUGAGUAGGUUUUCUUUAUUUUUACUAUUUUCUACUUUGUAAUAUAAUAGUGAAGACCUCAAAACUAUGAAAUAACAAAUAUGGAAUCAUGUAGUAACAAAACAAGUAUUAAACAAAUCAAAAUAUAUUUUAGAUUUGAGUUUCUUCAAAUAGCCACCCUUUGCCUUGAUGACAGCUUUGCACACUCUCAACCUGCAUUCUCUCAACCAGCUUCACCUGGAAUGCUUUUCCAGUGGUCUUGAAGGAGUUCCCAGAUAUGCUGAGCACUUGUUGGCUGCAUUUCCUUCACUCAGCUGUCCAACUCAUCCCAAACCAUCUCAAUUGGGUUGAGGUCAGGGGAUUGUGGAGGCCAGGUCAUUUGAUGCAGCACUCCAUCACUCUCCUUCUUGGUAAAAUAGACCUUACACAGCCUGGAGGUGUGUUGGGUCAUUGUCCUGUUGAAAAACAAAUGAAAGUCCCACUAAGCCCAAACCAGAUGGGAUGGAAAAUAAAGAAAAACCCUUGAAUGAGUGGGUGUUCUAAAACUUUUGACUGGUAGUGUAAGUGUUCACACCCCAAUUUCUUUUGGUCAUCCUUGAGAUGUCACUAUAACUUGAUUGGAGUCCACCUGUGGCCUCUUCAAUUGCUUGGACAUGAUUUGGAAAGAAACACACCUGUCUAUGUAAGGUCCCACAAUUGGCAAUCCAUGUCAGAGCAUAAACUAUACCAUGAAGUCGAAGGAUCUGUUCGUAAAUCUCUUUUUUUGAAUUGUGAUGAUGCAUAUAUCUGGAGCAAGGUAUAAAACCAUUUCUAGAGUGUCAAACGUUUCCAAGAGCACAGUGGUCUCCAUUGGGAAAUAUAAGAAAUAUGGAACUUCUCAGACUCUGCCUAGAGCUGGCCAUCUGACCAAACUGAGCACCUGGCAAGAAGGACCUUGGUCAGAGAGGUGACAGAGAACCCAAUGACCACUCUGACAGAACUACAGAGUUCCUUGCCUGAGAUGGGAGAAACUGGCAGAAGGACAACCAUCUCUACAGCACUUCACCAAUCUGGGCUUUAUGGGAGAGGACAGACAGAAGCCAAUCCUGAGAAAAAGGCACAUGACAGCACGCCCGGAGAUUGCAAAAAGACGUAAAAGACUGAGAGCAUAAGGCAAAAGAUGCUAUGGUAUGAUGAGACAAAAAUUGAACUGAAUGCAAAGCUCUAUGUCUGGAGAAAACCAGGCACAGCUCAUCAACUGCCUAACACCAUCCCUACCAUGAAGCAUGGUGGUGGCAGCAUCAUGCUAUGGGGGUGCUUUUCAACGGCAAGGACUGGGAGACUGGUAAGAAUAGAGGGAACAAUGAAUGGAGCCAAAUACAGGCAGAUCCUUGAUGAGAACCCGCUUCAGAGUGCAAACGACUUUAAACUGGGGCGAAGAUUUAUGUUCCAACAGGACAAUGACCCCUAGCAUACAGCCAACGCAAUGCUGGAAUAGCAUCAGAACAAGAAUGUGAAAGUCCAUGAGUGGCCCAGCCAAAGCCCAGACUUGAAUCCCAUUGGAAAUCUGUUGAUAGACUUGAAGAUUGUUGUUCACCCCAUCUAAUGUAACAUAGCUUGAGAAAAUCUGCAAGGAAGAAUGGGAGAAAAUCUCAGAAUCCAGAUGUGCAAAGCUGAUAUGACAUUCCCAAGAAGACUUAAAGCUGUAAUCACCGCGAAAGGUGCUUCUACAGCGAUGUGAAUACUUAUGUAAAUAAGAUAUUUCUGUAUUUAUUUUUCAAUACAUUUGCAAACAUUUCUAAAAACAUGUUUUAACUUUGGGCCCGAUUCUGACGUAGGAAAUUACGUCUUUCAAACGCACGCACGCCUUUCCUACGCACUUCUCAGUAGUUGGUAUUCAGACUUGCCUUAUGAAGGUGUGUAAUGGGUGUACAUUAGUGUACUGUACAUAUAAUUAUAAUAGGGAGAAUAGUGUACAAUAGUAGAUUAUACCCUCGUCUGUUGCCUGCACUAACCAUGGAACUGUGUGAUGACACAACCAAGUAUUGCACCAUGUGUCGCGUUCAAACUGUUACGGCUUGGUCUGCACUUCCCUCCAUAAUGAUUUAAUUAGCCUACAUCUAUUUUUUUUAUCAACUGUUACUAAUGAUCCUCAGCAACAACCACAUGGCCGCAACGCGGUUUACAAAGGAAGCAAUUGAAGGUAAACAAAACAAUGUAAUUAAAUGUAAUGACAAUGUAUGCUGAAGGGAACUAACAGUAAAUAAUAUUUAACAUGAUAGAAAUAGGAAACCGAGAAAGCCAGGGUAGCCUAUAUUUAAGACAUUUGAGAGUGCCCAUCCCUGCAAGUCUACAAUUUAAAUUAUGCAUAAUGGCACAGAUUUCAUAAACUUUACUGUGGGAAAGUUGAUAUGUUGAUAUUCUUCAGCUUGCUGCCAUAUGACUGGUUUCACAUUUGUCUCCAGCUAUUUUCUUCACAUUUUGUUGUGUUAGAAAGUGGGAUUAAAAUUGAUUUGAUAUUUUUGUCAACAAUCUACACAAAAUACUCAAAAGUGGAAGAAAAAUUCAAACAUUUGUACAAAAUUUAUGAAAAAUCAAACACUAAUAUAUCUUGAUUACAUAAGUAUUCAACCCCCUGAUUUAAUACAUGUUAGAAUCACCUUUGGCAGUGAAUACAGCUAUGAGUCUUUGGUAAGUCUAAAAGUGCUUUGCACACCUGGAUUGUACAAUAUUUGCACAUUAUUCUUUUUACAUUUCUUCAAGCUCUGUCAAGCUGCUUAUUGAUCAAAUCAAAUCAAACUUUAUUUGUCACAUGCACCGAAUACAAGUGUAGCCCUUACCGUGAAAUGCUUACUUACAAGCCCUUAACCAACAGUGCAGUUCAAGGGGGGGAGGGGUUCAAUAUAAAUAGUCCGGGUGGCCAUUUGAUUAAUUGUUCAGCAGUCUUAUGGCUUGGGGGUAGAAGCUGUUAAGGAGCCUUUUGGUCCUAGACUUGGCGCUCCGGUACCGCUUGCCGUGCGGUAGCAGAGAAAACAGUCUAUGACUUGGGUGACUGGAGUCUCUGACAAUUUUAUGAGCUUUCCUCUGACACAACCUAUUAUAUAGGUCCUGGAUGGCAGGAAGUUUGGCCCCAGUGAUGUACUGGGCCGUACGCACUACCCUCUGUAGCGCCUUACGGUCAGAUGCCGAGCAGUUGUCAUACCAGGCGGUGAUGCAACCGGUUAGUAUGCUCUGGAUGGUGCAGCUGUAGAACUUUUUGAGGAUCUGGGGACCCAUGCCAAAUCUUUUCAGUCUCCUGAGGGGGGAAAAGGUUUUGUUGUGCCCUCUUCACGAAUGUCUUGGUGUGUUUGGACCAUGAUAGUUUGUUGGUGAUGUGGACACCGAGGAACUUGAAGCUCUCGACCCGCUCCACUACAGCCCUGUCAAUGUUAAUGGUGACCUGUUCAGCCCUCCUUUUCCUGUAGUCCACGAUCAGCUCCUUUGUCUUGCUCACGUUGAGGGAGAGAUUGUUGUCCUGGCACCACACUGCCAGUUCUCUGACCUCCUCCCUAUAGGCUGUCUCAUCGUUGUCGGUGAUCAGGCCUACCACUGUUAUGUUGUCGGCAAUCUUGAUGAUGGUGUUGGAGUUGUGUUUGGCCAUGCAGUCAUGGGUCAACAGGGAGUACAGGAGGGGACUAAGUACACACCACUGAGGGGACCCAAUGUUGAGGAUCAGCGUGACAGACGUGUUGUUGCCUACCCUUACCAUCUGGGGGCGGGCCCGUCAGGAAGUCCAGGAUCCAGUUGCAGAAGGAGAUGUUUAGUCCCAGGGUACUUAGUGAUGAGCUUCAUGGGCACUAUGGUGUUGAAUGCUGAGCUGUAGUCAAUGAACAGCAUUCUCACAUAGGUGUUCCUUUUGUCCAGGUGGGAAAGGGCACUGUGGAGUGUGAUUGAGAUUGCGUCAUCUGUGGAUCUGUUGGUGCGGUAUGCGAAUUGGAGUGGGUCUAGGGUAUCCGGAAGGAUGCUGUUGUGAGCCAUGACCAGCCUUUCAAAGCACUUCAUGGCUACCGACGUGAGUGCUACGGGGCGCUAAUCAUUGAGGCAGGUUACCUUGGCUUCCUUGGGCACAGGGACUAUGGUGGUCUGCUUGAAACAUGUAGGUAUUACAGACUCUGUCAGGGAGAGGUUGAUAAUGUCAGUGAAGACACUUGCCAGUUGGUCCGCAAAUGCUUUGAGUACGAGUCCUGGUAAUGCGUCUGGCCCCGCCAGUGUGAAUGUUGAACUGUUUAAAGGUCUUGCUCAAAUCGGCUAAAGAGAGCGUUAUCACACAGUCAUCCAGAACAGCUGGUGCUCUCGUGCAUGUUUCAGUGUUGCUUGCCUCGAAGGGACAUAAAAGGCAUUUAGCUCGUCUGGUAGGCUCGCGUCACUGGGCAGCUCGCGUCUGGCUUUCCCUUUGUAGUUCGUAAUAGUUUUCAUGCCCUGCCACAUCCGACGACCGUCAGAGCCGGUGCAGUAGGAUUCAAUCUGAAUCCUGUAUUGACACUUUGCUUGUUUGAUGGUUCGUUUGAGGGCAUAGCGGGAUUUCUUAUUAGCGUCCGGAUUAGUGUCCUGCUCCUUGAAAGCGGCAGCUCUAGCCUUUAGCUCGAUGUGGAUGUUGCCUGUAAUCCAUGGCUUCUGGUUGGGAUAUGUACGUACAGUCACUGUGGGGACGACAUCGUCGAUGCACUUAUUGAUGGAGCCGAUGACUGAGGUGGUAUACUCUUCAAUGCCAUUGGAUGAAUCCCGCAACAAACUACAAUCGGUGUUAGCAAAACAGUCCUGUAGCUUGGCAUCCGCGUCAUCUGACCACUUUCGUAUUGAGCAAGUCACUGGUACUUCCUGCUUUAGUUUUUGCUUGUAAGCAGGAAUGAGGAGGAUAGAAUUAUGGUCAGAUUUGCCGAAUGGAGGGCGGGGGAGAGCUUUGUAUGCAUCUCUGUGUGUGGAGUAAAGGUGGUCUAGAGUUGUUUUCCCCCUGGUUGCACAUGUGAUGUUCUGAUAAAAAAUGUGUAAAACUGAUUUAAAUUUGCCUGCAUUAAAGUCCCCAGCCACUAGGAGUGCCGCUUCUGGAUGAGCAUUUUCUUGUAUGCUUAUGGCCUAAUAGAGUUGGUUUAGUGCGAUCUUAGUGCCAGCAUCGGUCUGUGGUGGUAAAUAGACAGCUACGAAUAAUAUAGAUAUAGAACUCUGUUGGUAGAUAGUGUGUAACGGCGUUCCUCCUCUUCAUACGAAGAGGAGGAGUAGUGAUUCGACCAACGUGCAGCGGGUUGUGAAUACAUAAUGAUUUAUUAGACAGACGACGAAACACGAAAACAAACACUUGGAAUGAUUUACAAAAUAACAAAACAACGUAGACUGACCUGAACUUAAGAACUUACAUGUAACACACAGAACGCAAGAACAGGGAAAAAACAGACUACACAAAAACUGAACGAACAAACAUACCGAAACAGUCCCGUGUGGCGCAACAUACACAGACACGGAAGACAACCACCCACAACAAACAAUGUGAAACAACCUACCUUAAUAUGACUCUCAAUUAGAGGAAACGCCAAACACCUGCCUCUAAUUGAGAGCCAUACCAGGCAACCCAUUAACCCAACAUAGAAAACACAUAACAUAGACUACCCACCCAAAACUCACGCCCUGACCACUUAAACACAUACCACACAACAGAAAACAGGUCAGGAACGUGACAUAGUGUGGUCUACAGCUUAUCAUAAGGUACUCUACCUCAGGCGAGCAAUACCUCAAGACUUCUUUUGGGGCAGAAUCGUAGGUUCAUCAAUUUUAUUUUCCAAUGAUUGCAUGUUAACCAGUAGAACUGAUGGAAGUAGGACUUUACUCGCUUGCCUACGGAUUCUCAGAAGGCAGCCCAACCUGCACCCCCUUUUCCUCUGUCUUUCGUCACGCAAAUGACUGGGAUUUGAGCCUGUUCCUGGGAAAGCAAUAUAUCCUUCUCGUCGAACUCAUUAAAGGAAAACGUUUCUUCCAGUUCAUGGUGAGUAAUCGCUGUUCUAUGAGACGGUAGCAGCAACAUUAUGCACAAAAUAAUUAAAAAAAAUAAGUUACAAACAACGUUAGAAAAAACUAACAGAAUAGCACAGUUGGUUAGGAGCAUGUAAAAUGUCCGCCAUCCUCUUCGUACUACCAUCGUACUAUGGCGCCGAAGAGGAUCAUUGCUAGACAGCCAUUUUCAAGUCUUACCAUAGAUUGUCAAGUUGAUUUAAGUCAAAACUGUAACUAGGCCACUCGGGAAGUGGUACAAACGGGAUGGAUGUUUUGGAAUAUUUUUUAUAACUUCACAAUGCUCAAAGGGAUAUUCAAUGUAUUUUUUUAAAACAUUUUUUACCCAACUACCAAUAGUGGUCCUUCUUUGCAAGUCAUUGGAAAACCUACUUAGUCUUUGUGGUUGAAUCUGUGUUUGAAAUGUACUGCUCGACCUAGACCUUACAGGUAAUUGUAAGUGUGGGGUACAGAGAUGAGGUAGACAUUCAAAAAUAAUGUUAAUUAAACACCAUGAGUCCAUGCAACUUAUUAUUUGACUUGUUAAGCAAAAAUGUACUGCUGAACUUAUUUACGAUUGCCAUAACAAAGGGGUUGAAUACUUAUUGACUCAAGACAUUUCAGCUUUUCAUUUUUUUAUCAUUAGUACAAAUUUGGAAAACAUAAUUCCUCUUUGACUUUAUGGGGUAUUGUGUGUAGGCCAGUGACCCCAAAAAAUCUACAUUUAAUCCAUUUUAAAUUCAGGCUGUAACACAACAAAAUUUGGAAAAAGUCGAUGGGUGUGAAUACUUUCUUUCAAUGCCAUUCCCUCCUAUAUCUUCUUGACUGAGUGCUCUACUUAGUCAAAACCAAUACCUUAGCUUUUAGGAUGAGACAAACACUUGUAUCAAAGUGUCUGAAUUUCCAACAAGAUAUUGAGUUUUCUUUUGUUCCUCUCUACAGUCAUUGUUUUGUUGAGUACAUUUGACUCAUCCAAGCUACCUGCUUACUGGUUUGAACAGAAUGCGUUGACAUCACCAGUUCCGUUUUGCAUAACAAGAACACAUUUGGUAGCAAACAAUGCCCCAUGCUGACUGGGUUAAAACCUGUGGAGUGGUCUUAUCUGGUGUCCAUCAAGCCCCACUGUGCUAGUUUAUCUGCACAGCCUUGCUCCAACGACUCAGAAACCACUGGUGACGUCAACGCACACCCACUCUCAAACGCCUCAACCUCUGUGGUCAAUGACUUGGGGCCUCUGGCACAGAGGUAGGACUGUGAGAAAGUGUGUGUGUGCGGAUGUGCUUGUUUGAGAAUAUAACAACACACACAAGCCACCGCAGCCUAGCCUCUCUGUCUACACUUUCUGACCAAACCCUCAACACUGUCACCAACAAUAAUAUUCUCUCUAAACUGCGCGCCUGCGCAGCCGCACACCUCCUCCAGGACUGCCGCCCAGAAGAAAUGCCAUGCCGCGCAGAGACGCAAGAGAUUGAACUUCACUGAGUUCGCCCCAUUAGUUUGCACUAUAUUGAUCAACGUUUUUUCUGUGAUCGAAUCAACAUUAUAUCAGCCAAUUUUCAAUGCAACAAAACAAAACGAAUCUAACUUUGCAAGAUUGAGUCUGUGAUUUUGUUGUACGCAGAGCCAGAGCGCAAGGAGUAGAAUUCUAUUGGCGGGUGUAGCCCACGAGCGGUGUUUCAAUCACCCGCGAGUGAAUGGCUUUUCAGAUCAGAGCCGCGCGUGUGGACAUUUGUUGAUAUUCUUUGCUAGAUAGCGAGUUAUUAGCCCAGUUAUAGAUAAGUAUAGGUCAGCAAUGGAGAGUUACUGCUUCAUACAAGAGCACAAAACGUGUAGGCUACAUUUCAAGCUUUCUUUGAAAAGCCAGUCAGGUAAAAAGCUUAUGUCUUAAUUAAAGGGGCAGUGUUGUAUUUUGAGACAGGCGUGAAUAUGCACAUAAUCCAAUAGGAAGAGGGGUAGCCUACAUUGUCUAAUUCUGCUGUAUGGUAAUAAUAAUACAAUUCAUUUUUUAAAGUGGUUUCUUGCAUCAUAUAACACUAUACAAUGCAAUUUACAGUCACCUAUAUGGCCCGUGGUGUUACAGACCAAGUAAAAAAUCAUUAGUCAAGCCCUUCAUAAUGUAAAAACGUUUCUAAAAGUCUCAUGCAAUGUAGGCCUGCAUUUAACACCACAUAUACUGUAGGCUAUUUCACAGAAAUCAAAAGCUAUUUCCGUGUGAAAAUGUUAUGUGAUUUGCUCCAUUGGUUUUGUUGGUAGGCCUACAUUAUGCCUAAAUAGUCACAAUAGCCCAUUGGCUACUGUCUAAAACUGUAUUGGUACAGCCUCAAUGUUCACUGUAAACGUGCUCCGGAAGUUGUACAAAAUUCUUACAACAUUCAAGUUGUCACUCACAAGACCAACAAUUUGCUCAGGGCCCCAAAAAUUUGAGGGUCUCAUCAAACAAACAUUCUCACAGAAAGGGGACAGACAAUUUUAUGUUUCCUUCCUAAGAGACACCAGGCACAUGUGACAAGAGGACAUCAUGCCCAGUGUGCCUCAGUCUUCCUCUUCUUGGCUGCGAAGUCUUAAUGUGAAAAGGAAGUGGAGGAACCUGCCUCACACCAGGGCUCAAUCACUUGUUUAUUGAAAGGCACCUAUUAAAGCCAUAUGAGUCUUGUUAGAGGAGAGCACCCCUGCUCCCCUGAGCUUGUUUGUUCCAUGGCAAGCCCUGCUCUGAGUCCUGCUCUGCCCGUUGAGCGCUCAUGUUCCAUGGCCCGCCUGCCUAAUUGUGGCCGCUCGGGGGUAGAUGCAAAGGGGGUCGAUGCAAAGGGCCAAAUCAAGACCUGGCCCGCUGGGGCCCUAAUCAGACUCAGCUGGCAGGACGCAGAGGGUGUGUGUUUGUGGAUGGUGUGUGGGGGGAAGGGAGGUUGUGUGUGUGUGUGUGUGUGUGAGCGUGUGUCUAUUCUGAGUACAUGGUUGGGGGGUUUACUCAUCAAUAUAACUUGUGGGAAGAGGGCUGCAGGUUUCUGAUAGGGCUUAAUUAGUUUAUGACCUGAGCAGUCUAACCCAUGUAUCAUCCCUUAACCAUUCAGCACAAGUUAAUGGCAAUCACCUCAUCCUUACACGGUGUGCCAUUAGAUUAAGAGUUUCCAUGUUAGUGCUAAUCAGUUCCCCACGUACCUUACCCAACAUAAUCAAUAAGAUGAGUCAGGCCUACUUACACUACAUGACCAAAAGUAUGUGGACACCUGCUCGUCGAACAUCUCAUUCCAAAAUUAUGGGCAUUAAUAUGGAGUUGGUCCCCCCUUGCUGCUAUAACAGCCUCCGCUCUUCUGGGAAGGCUUUCCACUAGAUGUUGUAACGUUGCUGCUGGAAUUUGCGUUCAUUCAGCCACGAGCAUUAGUGAGGUCAGGCACUGAUGUUGGGCGAUUAGGCCUGGCUGGCAGUCAGCGUUCCAAUUUAUCCCAAAGGUGUUUGAUGGGGUUGAGGUCAGGAAUCUGUGCAGGCCAGUCAAGUUCUUCCACACUGAUCUUGACAAACCUUUUAUGUAUGGACCUCGCUUUGUGCAUGGUGGAAUAGUCAUGCUGAACCAGGUAAAGGCCUUCUCAAACUGUUGCCACAAAGUUGGAAGCACAGAAUCGCUUAGAAUGACAUUGUAUUCUGUAGCGUUAAGAUUUCCCUUCACUGGAACUAAGGGGCCUAGCCUGAACCAUGAAAAUCAGCCCUAGACCAUUAUUCCUCCUACAGUAAACUUUACAGUUAGCACUAUGCAUUCGGGCAAGUAGCGUUGUCCUGGCAUCUGCCAAACCCAGAUACGUCCGUCAGACUGCUAGAUGGUGAAGUGUGAUUCAUCACUCCAGAGAACACGUUUCCACUGUUCCAGAGUCCAAUGGCGGUGAGCUUUAAACCACUCAAGCCGACGCAAGGCAUUACGCAUGGUGAUCUUCGGCUUGUGUGCUGCUGCUCGGCCAUGGAAACCCAUUUCAUGAAGCUCCCGACGAGCAGUUCUUGUGCUGACGUUGCUUCCAGAGGCAGUUUGGAAUUCGGUAGCGAGUGUGGCAACCGAGGACAGACGGUUUUUACUCGCUACAUGCUUCAGCACUCGGCAGUCCCGUUCUGUGUGCUUCUGUAGCCUACCCCUUUGCGGCUGAGCCGUUGUUGCUCCUAGACGUUUCCACUUCACGCUAUCAACAGGUACAGUUGACCAGGGAAGAAAUUUGACGAACUGACUUGUUGGAAAGCUGGCAUCCUAUGACGGUGCCAUGUUGAAAGUCACUGACCUCUUCAGUAAGGCCAUUCUACUGCUAAUGUUUGUCUAUGGAGAUUGCAUGACUGUGUGCUCGAUUUUACACACCUGUCAGCAAUGGGUGUGUGUGCAAUAGCCGAAUCAACUAAUUUGAAGGGGUGUCCACAUACUUGUAUACCGUUGAAGUCGGAAGUUUACAUACACCUUAGCCAAAUACUCAGUUUAAACUGAGUUUUUCACAAUUCCUGACAUUUAAUCCUCGUAAAAAAAUCCCUGUCUUAGUUCUGUUAGGAUCACCACUUUAUUUUAAGAAUGUGAAAUGUCAGAAUAAUAGUAGAGAGAAUGAUUUAUUUCAGCUUUUAUUUUGUUCAUCACAUUCCCAGUGGGUCAGAAGUUGACAUACACUCAAUUAGUAUUUGGUAGCAUUGCCUUCAAAUUGUUUAACUUGGGUCAAACGUUUCGGGUAGCCUUCCACAAGCUUCCCACAAUAAUUUGGGUGAAUUUUGGUCCAUUCCUCCUGACAGAGCUGGUGUAACUGAGUCAGGUUUGUAGGCUUUGCUUGCACACGCUUUUUCAGUUCUACCCACACAUUUUCUAUUGGAUUGAGGUCAGGGUUUUGUGAUGGCCACUCCAAUACCUUGACUUUGUUGUCCUUAAGCCAUUUUGCCACAACUUUGGAAGUAUGCUUGGGGACAUUGCCCAUUUGGAAGACCCAUUUGCGACCAAGCUUUAACUUCCUCACUGAUGUCUUGAGAUGUUGCUUCAAUAUAUCCACAUAAUUGUCCUCUUCAUGAUGCCAUCUAUUUUGUGAAGUGCACCAGUCCCUCCUGCAGCAAAGCACCCAAACAACAUGAUGCUGCCACCACGUGCUUCACUAUUGAGAUGGGUUUUUUCGGCUUGCAAGCCCUCCCCUUUUUCCUCCAAACAUAACGAUGGUCAUUAUGGCUAAACAGUUCUAUUUUUGUUUCAUCAGACCAGAGGACAUUUCUCCAAAAAGUAUGAUUUUUGUCCCCAUGUGCAGUUGCAAAACAUAGUCUGGCUUUUUUAUGGCGGUUUUGGAGCAGUGGCUUCUUCCUUGCUGAGCGGCCUUUCAGGUUAUGUCAAUAUUGGAUUCAUUUUACUGUGGCAAUAGAUACUUUUGUACCUGUUUCCUCCAGCAUCUUCACAAGGUCCUUUUCUGUUGUUCUGGGAUUGAUUUGCACUUUUCACACCAAAGUACGUUCAUCUCUAGGAGACAGAACGCGUCUCCUUCCUGAGCGGUAUGACGGCUGCGUGGUCCCAUGGUGUUUAUACUUGCGUACUAUUGUUUGUACAGAUGAAUGUGGUACCUUCAGGCGUUUGGAAAUUGCUCCCAAUGAUGAACCAGACUUGUAGAGGUCUCCAAUUUUUUUCUGAGGUCUUGGCUGAUUUCUUUAGAUUUUUCCAUGAUGUCAAGCAAAGAGGCACUGAGUUUUAAGAAAAGCCUUGAAAUAGAUCCACAGAUAUACCUCCAAUUGACUCAAAUGAUGUCAAUUAGCCUAUCAGAAGCUUCUAAAGCCAUGACAUAAUUUUCUGGAAUCUUCCAAUCUGUUUAAAUGCACAGUCAACUUAGUGUAUGUAAACUUCUGACCCACUGGAAUUGUGAUACAGUGAAUUAUAAGGGAAAGAAUCUGUCUGUAAACAAUUGUUCGGAAAAAUUACUUGUGUCAUGCACAAAGUAGAUGUCCUAACCAACUUGCCAAAACUAUAGAUUUUUAACAAGAAAUUUGUGGAGUGGUUGAAAAACGAGUUUUAAUGACUCCAACCUAAGUGUAUGUAAACUUCUGACUUCAACUAUAUAUAGUGUAUGUAGUCACCAAAGUCCUAUCCCUGUAGCUGAAACCCCUUCAGAUUGGCCAAGACCAUAAGCAUUUGGUUCGGGUCCAUUUCAUCACAUUGAAAUAUCCUAUUUCCAAUUGGAAAAGGUAUUGAAUUGAACAUACCUCAAGGUUUGCGUCUGACUACAUUGUCAACUCGUACUACCCCCGAAGUGUGUGUGCUGUAUCUUAGUGGGUAUCUAAAUGUGCCUAUGAGCAGCUGGCCUGCUCUCUGGCUUACGUCUGUGGCUUUACAUGACGACUCGUCCAGAUGUGAUUGACGUCAGUCUCACGACAUACAAGCCACCUUCAAACGGGAGUCCCUGCUUACAGACAGGACACACACACACUCUCUCCCUUUGAUGUGGGAGCAGAGAUUAGAGCCUCCCUGCCUUGGCUCUCCACCCCUCCCUCAUUCCCUCCACCCCACCCCUCCCUCCUCUCCUCCUUUAACCAAAUGUUUACCGCUACUGUUUUUUCCCCUCAUAUGCCUCCAUGCAGCCAAUGCCACAACCUUCAUUUUUUUCCUUUCUUAAUUUUCUUUUACAAGGGAGUGUUUUUUCCACGCAACAUAUUAUACACAUUCCUCCCAUAGACUGCAAAGACAGGGAAAUCGCUGGAAAUACCCCUUAUUCAAGAAACAACUAUUAGUACUUUCUCUCAUGGCCAGCGCUUUCACUUCCACUGAUGACAUCACAGUCUGUCAAACUUUGUGCCAUUCACACUGAGAGGCCUUGACAGAUAAAUACUUGUCUUUUGCCUGAUGAGCUUUUAAUGAACUUCCAUUUUCCUCCAAGAAUGGCUGAAUAUCUCUCGCCGAUUUGUUUGUUCAGUUUGUUCUUGAUUUUAUGCACCUUGUUUGGACUGCGAGGUAGCAACAGUGUGAUUUUCCCCUUUCCAUUGGGAAAGAGCAUGUUGAUCCCAUUCUAAGAGGACAAUAAUGAAACAUGGGAGAGAAAUAAGAGGGUCAUACCACAGAGGUCAAGCCAGGGCUGGCCUCCUCUGAUGGAGAGAUUUGAGAGGACAAGCACUAGAUAAUUGCUAACAGAUACCCAGCACGCAAGCAGAGUCCUACCGGCUAAAGUUCCAUACUGUAAUACCCACCUGUGGAGAUAGGGGAAAGGGCUCAUACUGUAAUACCCACCUGUGGAGAUAGGGGAAAGGGCUCAUACUGUAAUACCCACCUGUGGAGAUAGGGGAAAGGGCUCAUACUGUAAUACCCACCUGUGGAGAUAGGGGAAAGGGCUCAUGCUGGAAUACCACUUUUUUCACUUCAUGACACUUCAUUCAUUUCAUGCCUUCUUGCCUCCUCGCCUAGGUCAUGGGAUUGAGCAGAGCUGAUGGUAUCAUAGUAAGUAGUCAUGAGUUGCAAGUUGGCAAUGUCCCAAUGGGUAAUGUUUGUAUCAUAGCAAAUGAAAGCAGAUGGUAAUACAGAUGGGUGGUGGUUUGGGUGAGUUACUGCCAUAGAAGAGCACUUCAAAACCAAGAGAAAAGCACUUCAGGUAAAUGCAAGUCUUUUAAAGAGCUUGGACUUCAAUUUUCACAGAAGUUUCUUUCAACUGUCAACAUUUGAGGGGAGUUAUUUCCUCUCCAAAAGCACAAGAGGCCACAAGAGGCAGGGGUGAAAGUGAGUCCACGAGAGGCAGGGGUGAAAGUGAGUCCACGAGAGGCAGGGGUGAAGGUAAGUCCACGAGAGGCAGGGGUGAAGGUAAGUCCACGAGAGGCAGGGGUGAAAGUGAGUCCACGAGAGGCAGGGGAGGAAGUGAGUCCACGAGAGGCAGGGGAGGAAGUGAGUCCACGAGAGGCAGGGGAGGAAGUGAGUCCACGAGAGGCAGGGGAGGAAGUGAGGCCACGAGAGGCAGCGGAGGAAGUGAGUCCACGAGAGGUGAGGGUGAAAGUGAGUCCACGAGAGGCAGGGGUGGAAGUGAGGCCACGAGAGGCGAGGGUGAAAGUGAGGCCACGAGAGGCAGGGGAGAAAGUGAGGCCAUGAGAAGUAGGUUCCACACUAGAUGUGAGAGGAUUGAGCUGUGUAGCCAUUGGGUUGUAGCACUCUCUUGACAGGCCUGAGCAGGGCCCACCACAGUAGCUUAUCUACCUCUCCCAGUCGUCUGUCACAAGCGCCUCUGACGUCACGGCCCCGGCCAGAGUUUAUGGGUAUACGGACGGUGGCAUUCUGGAGCCGUUGUGGUGCUCAUCUGAUACAUGGCUGCUUGUGUGUUACUACAGGACCACUGCUGGAUAGGAUAGGAUCCUCCAGUUCCCCCUUGAUUUUGAUGUGGAGAAUGGGCUGCCGGUGGGACGCAGCCCUCUGGACCCCCAGGCCAGCCCCAGCUCCGGCCUGGUCCUGCAGGCCAACUACCCCCACAGCCAGCGCCGCGAGUCCUUCCUCUACCGCUCCGACUCAGACUUCGACCUCUCACCAAAAGCCAUGUCCCGCAACUCCUCCAUGGCCAGUGAGCUGGAAGAGGGCUUGAAGCACUGGGAAGUCGGUUGGCUGCCGCGACAUGGAGAAGACAUGAUUGUGACACCAUUUGCACAGGUGCUCGCCAGUCUCCGAACAGUCAGAAGCAACUUUGCCGUCAUAACUCAUCUGCAGGAUCGGCCCAACAGGCGGCCGUCAGGCAGCAACCCUCCCUCAAUGCCUACUCAUACCAAGCCAAGCAUACCAGAGGAGCCCUACCAGAAGCUGGCCAUAGAGACACUGGAGGAGCUGGACUGGUGUCUGGACCAGCUGGAGACCCUGCAGACCUGUCACUCAGUCAGCGAGAUGGCUUCCAACAAGUUCAAAAGGAUGCUGAACAGAGAGCUCACCCAGUUGUCAGAAACCAGCCGGUCAGGAAACCAAGUCUCAGAGUUUAUCGCCAACACUUUCCUAGAAAAGCAGCAAGAUGUGGAGAUUAUGUCUGGGUCUCUUAAAGACAAGGACAAGAAGAAGAGGCCCAUGUCCCAGAUUGUUGCGGUGAAGAAACCUGCUCUCAGCCCCAGCCUCGCCCCUACCCAGAUCCCACGCUUUGGGGUCACCACCCUCCAUGAGAGUCUACUGGCAACGGAAUUUGAAGACAUCAACAGAUGGGGUCUAGAUAUUUUCAAGAUAGCUGAAUACUCUGGGAAUCGGCCUUUGACGGUGGUGAUGUACUCCAUUUUCCAGGAGCGAGAGCUGCUGAAGAACUUUAAGAUCCCAGCCGACACCUUCGUCACCUUCAUGAUGACCCUGGAGGACCACUACCACACCGACGUGGCCUACCACAACAACAUCCAUGCUGCCGACGUGGUACAGUCCACUCACAUCCUCCUCUCCACCCCUGCCCUGGAGGCUGUCUUCACUGACCUGGAGAUCAUGGCUGCUCUGUUUAGCAGUGCCAUACACGACGUGGAUCAUCCCGGAGUGUCCAACCAGUUCCUCAUCAACACAAACUCUGAGCUGGCUCUGAUGUACAACGACGCCUCGGUCCUGGAGAACCACCACCUGGCCGUGGGCUUCAAGCUGCUGCAGGAGGACAACUGUGACAUCUUCCAGAGCCUCAGCAAGAAACAGGGACAGUCCCUCAGGAAGAUGGUCAUCGACAUGGUGUUGGCCACUGACAUGUCCAAGCACAUGAACUUCCUGGCUGACCUGAAGACCAUGGUGGAGACCAAGAAGGUGACCAGUCUGGGAGUGCUGCUGCUGGACAACUACUCAGACCGCAUCCAGGUCCUGCAGAACAUGGUUCACUGUGCUGACCUGAGUAACCCCACCAAGCCACUGGACGUCUACCGCCAGUGGACGGACCGCAUCAUGAUGGAGUUCUUCACCCAGGGGGACAGGGAGAGGGACAAGGGCAUGGAGAUCAGCCCUAUGUGUGACAAACACAAUGCCUCUGUCGAGAAGACCCAGGUGGGAUUCAUAGACUACAUUGUCCACCCUCUGUGGGAGACGUGGGCUGACCUGGUCCACCCUGACGCACAGGACAUUCUGGACACGCUGGAGGACAACCGGGAGUGGUACCAGAGUAUGAUCCAGCGCAGCCCCUCACCCACCCUCGAGGACAUGGACCUUGACGGGGGGCCAGGGGCCCUGGAGGCCAUGGCGGGGGGUUGCUGCACCUCCACAGGGGACAAGUUCCAGUUUGAACUCACCCUGGAGGAGGAGGAGGACGAGGGCGACGUCGAGUCAGACCUGGAGAGCCCACCUGAGGAGGAGAUGUCACAGGGGGGAGAGACCUCUAGGAAGACCCCGGCCCUGUCUCAAUCCCCAGAGCCCAGCAGCAGCACCAGACACCGGCCCCCCUCCCCUCACCCUGGCCGGGCCUUCAGUCUGACCACCAUGUCAGUUAGGAGCCCCGGCCAUCUCAGGACGUUGAGCCCCGGGCUGGACGGGGACGACAGAGACGAUAGGGACAGAGAACUGGGUCAGGAAGGCAAUAGUGUAGCGUACCUACGGCUUGGCACGUAACACCAACCCUAGCCCACCCAGCACCUCAUUCAGUCCCUGCCUUGGUUUGUGGGUCCCAGCAGCAAUUGGACGUGCAAGGUGGGCUUUUUAACAACAGUAUGUAAUGACAACAGUCCCUUUACACUGAAGACACCUUUACACUGACCACUUUCGUUUAAUCUUGUAGAACAAGAAGUAUCGUUAUAUCCUCUUUUUUUCUCCUUUGUGCCAGAUGGGACUUUUUAGUCCUGCUUUCUGUAGUUGAUUCUAGGGGUAAAGUGUCAGAAACAGACUGCUGUAUAUGUCUAGCUGAUCAAAGGUAGAACUAAUUACAUGGCUAACCAGUCUCACCAACGUCUCCUGAUGGAGCAAGGAAUUCUACUGAGAAAAUGUCUUCCUCAAAAUGAUGGAAUAUAGAUCUAUUCAAUAGAAUAUUGUAAGGAUUGUGAUCAAUUUACAGGGUCUUAGAACUGUUGCACCAUACAAUUAGGGGGAUUAUAUUUGUUUGAAUUCAGUAAGCAUAAACUAGUAUAUUUUAUUUAGUUUCUGAGAGUUCUGUGAAUGAUAAGUUUAACCAAAUCCAGUAUGUACCUGAAUAGUGAGAUAAUUGUGACUUAAACCUCAGGGUAUGGAGAGAGAAAUGAUUUUAAUGUAGCACAGACUUCUUGGUUACCCCUUAACCUAGACUGCCUGUUUCGAGUUGUCGCUGACGACAAACGUUUCUUAGAACUUCAAGAGGUUCAAGUUAUGCAAAAAGACAUAACUGAUUGACAUGUGUCUGGCGCCCUCUAUUGAUCUAAAUUAAAAGUUUGAGUUUGAGAACUAAAGCAAGUUAAGUAUGUAGGAUGAAACAAACAGUACCAGUAUAAUUAUAUACAGUGGGGGUCUGAAGUUAUUGACACCCUUGAUACAGACUAAUUUAUAAGAAUCUUUAGGGGUGUCAAUAAUUCUGACCCCUACCUUUUAGGUGAAAAAAAAAGUCCUUUUUUUUAGCACACAAUAUAGCUCAGUAUUUUCAUUAUUUAUUUUACACAGUCAGUAUUGCUAUUCUUUAUCAAGGGUGUCAAUCAUUUCAGACCCCACUGUAUACAAGUCAAGCAUUUAAAAAUGUCCUGAAGUACUGUGGUUGAUUGGGUUGUUUUAUAUCUAGACAAACACCACCUACACUCAGAUUUGUAAAAUUGUAUUUGUUUUUAUGGGAUCAUGUUUUACGUUUGUGUCACAUUUUUAAAUAUGAUAUGAAAUGGUUCUGUUUUCUUUUAUAUAUUUGGGAUGUCCUCACUAUGUCUGAUUGUCUCUGUGCUUUGUAAGCAUAGUUAUCAGGGUGCCUCCACCAUCCAGUAGCACUUUACAAUCUCUGUUGUAAAUGAAUUCAGUUCUGAAGCGCUUGAGCCAAACCAUGAUUCGACUGGACAGCUUACUGAAGGUUGUGUAGAUCUGAGAGGACUGGAUAGGUGUAAUAAAUGUGGUAAACAUUCCACCUAACCUAUCAGAGUGGUUAAAUUGUGGUUAAAUUCUCAUAUACUGUAGCUUAAACCUAUGAAAUCCUGUCAGAUCUCCACAAGUGUCUAGGGUUUAGGGGCUAUGGGUUGUUUCUGGACAGGGCCGUAGAGUAGACUAAUAAGGGGUUUUGUCCAGUAGGGUGCGAUGCUUUGAAAGAUGCAGAUAGAAAUGUAGUGAACAGAGUUGAUAUGAUUCCCUGUAAUACACAACAGAAAAUCAUGUCUGUAUUGACAUUUGAUAACUUCCCAUUUGCCUGAAUAAGCCCCUAAUGUCUUGUUUAAUUUGUUCUUGAGGGAAACAAGUUUAUAGGGAAAAUUGUGCCACAAGUGUUUGGAAUUUGAACCAACGCAUCUGCCAGCCUAAGUCGUUAUGAAAUGUUUAACACAAUGUUCUCUCUGAACUGUUGAUUGUAUUCAUGUUAUUUUAUCAAUUGUUAGACUUAUGCUAAUUUUUUGAAUGGGAAAUGUUGCACCUUAAUACGUUGGAUGUAAUGCUUCGACUUAAAUGCUACAUUCAAUUUUGUCAAGUUGAUCAAUGUUCUGCUCUUCACAGGGAUACAGCUUUUAUCUACAGUAUGCGAAUGCCAAUUGACUACAGCAAAACACUGAAACAUCCAUUUUCCACCAAUACUGUACAACUUUUAACAAGUAUGCAACAGGGAAGGACCGACAGGAAUUGUAAGACGCUGGAGAAUAUACUUAUACCCCCGAUGUACAGUACACCUUCUCAUUCAAGGGUUUUUCUUUACUUUUACUAUUUUUUACAUUUUAGAAUAAUAGCGAAGACGGCAAAUCUAUGAACACAUGGAAUCAUGUAGUAACUAAAAAAUAUAUUUUAGAUUCUUCAAAGUAGCUAAGCUUUGCCUUUGACAGCUUUGUACACUCUUGGCAUUCUCUCAAACAGCUUCAUGAGGAAUGCUUUUCCAACAGUCUUGGAGUUCCUACAUAUACAGUUGAAGUCGGAGGGUUACAUACGCCUUAGCCAAAUACAUUUAAACUCAGUUUGUCACAAUUCUUGACAUUUAAUCCUUGUAAAAAUUCCCUGUCUUAGGUCAGUUGGGUUCACCACUUUAUUUUAAGAAUGUGAAAUGUCAGAAUAAUAGCAGAGAGAAUGAUUUAUUUCAGCUUUUAUUUCUUUCAUCACAUUCCCAGUGGGUCAGAAGUUUACACACGCUCAAUUGCUUAACUUGGGUUAAAUGUUUCAGGUAGCCUUCCACAAGCUUCCCACAAUAAAUUGGGUGAAUUUUGGCCAAUUCCUCCUGACAGAGCUGGUGUAACUGAGUCAGGUUUGUUGGCCUCCUUUCUCGCACACGCGUUUUCAGUUCUGGACACAAAUUUGCUAUGAGAUUGAGGUCAGUGUUUUGUGAUGGCCACUCCAAUACCAUGACUUUGUUGUUCUUAAGCCAUUUUGCCACAACUUUGGAAGUAUGCUUGGGGUCAUUGUACAUUUGGAAAAGACCAAUUUGUGACCAAGCUUUAACUUCCUGACUGAUGUCUUGAGAAGUUGCUUCAAUAUAUCCACAUACUUUUGCUUCCUCAUGAUGCCAUCUAUUUUGUGAAGUGCACCAGUCCCUCCUGCAGCAAAGCACCCCCACAACAUGAUGCUGCCACCUCCGUGCUUCACGAUUUGGUUGGUGUUUUUUUCUUAGGUCUUGGCUGAUUUCUUUUGAUUUUCCCAUGAUGUCAAGCAAAGAGGCACUGAGUUUGAAGGUAGGCCUUGAAAUACAUCCACAGGUACACCUCCAAUUGAGUUUGAGUUUAUUUUAUUUUUACAGGGACAGUGCACAUUAAUCAUUACUCAAAUAAUGUCAAUUAGCAUAUCAGAAGCUUCAAAAGCCAUUACAUAAUUUUCUGGAAUUUUCCAAGCUGUUUAAAGGCACAGUCAACUUAGUGUAUGUAAACUUCUGACCCACUGGAAUUGUGAUACAGUGAAUUAUAAGUGAAAUAAUCUGUCUGUAAACAAUUGUUGGAAAAAUGACUUGUGUCAUGCACAAAGUAGAUGUCCUAACCAACUUGACAAAACUAUAGUUUGUUAAAAAUAAAUUUGUGGAGUGGUUGAAAAACGAGUUUUAAUGACUCCAACCUAAGUGUAUGUAAACUUCUGACUUCAACUGUAUAUUCUGAGCACUUGUUGGCUGCUUUUCCUUCACUCUGCGGUCCAACUCAUCCCAAACCUCAAAUUGGGUUGAGGUCUGGUGAUUGUGGAUGCCAGGUCAUCUGAUGCAGCACUCCUUGGUCAAAUAGCCCUUACACAGCCUGGAUGUGUGUUUUGGGUCAUUGUCCUGUUGAAAAACAAAUGAUAGUCCCACUAAGCCCAAACCAGAUGGGUUGGCGCAUUGCUGCAGAAUGCUGUGGUAGCCAUGCUGGUUAAGUGUGCCUUCAAUUCUAAAUAAAUCACAGACAGUGUCACCAGCAAAGCACCAACGUACCACCUCCUCCAUGCUUCACCUUGGGUACCACACAUGCGGAGAUCUUCUGUUCACCUACUCUGUGUCUUUACAAAGACACGGCAGUUGGAAUCAAAAAUCUCAAAUUUGGACUCAUCAGACCAAAGGACAUAUUUCCACUGGUCUAAUGUCCAUUGCUCGUGUUUCUUGGCCCAAGUAAGUCUCUUCUUAUUAUUGGUGUCCUUUAGUAGUGGUUUCUUUGCAGAAAUUUGACCAUGAAGGCCUGAUUCACGCAGUCUCCUCUGAACAGUUGAUGUUGAGAUGUGUCUGUUACUUGAACACUGUGAAGCAUUUACUUGGGCUGCCAUCUGAGGUGCAGUUAACUCUAAUUAACUUAUCCUCUGCAGCAGAGGUAACUCUGGGUUUUCCUUUCCUGUUGAGGUCCUCAUGAGAGCUAGUUUUAUCAUAGCGCUUGAUGGCUUUUGCAACUGCACUUGAAGAAACUAACAAAGUUCUUGACAUUUUCCGGAUUCAUGUCUUAAAGUAAUGAUGGACUGUCCUUUCUCUUUGCUUAUUUGAGCUGUUCUUGACAUAAUAUGGACUUGGUCUUUUACCAAAUAGGGCUAUCUUCUGUAUACAACCCCUACCUUGUCACAACACAACUGAUUGGCACAAACGCAUUAAGAAGGAAAGAAAUUACACAAAUUAACAUUUAACAAGGCACACCUGUUAAUUGAAAUGUAUUCCAGGUUGCUACAUGAUUCCAUAUGUGUUAAUAGUUUGUCUUCACUAUUAUUCUACACUGUAGAAAAUAGUAAAAAUAAAGAAACACCCUUGAAUGAGUAGGUGUUUUAACUUUUGACUGGUACAGUACAUAGAGAAGAAUCAGUGGAGGCUGCUGUGGAGAGGACGGCUCAUAAUGCUGGCUGGAACAGAGCGAAUAGAAUGAUGGAAACCAUAUGGAAACCAUAUAUUUGAUACCAUUCCACUUAUUCCGCUCCAGCCAUUAUCACGAGCCCGUCCUCCCCAAUUAAGGUGCCACCAACCUCCUGUGAUAAGAAUACCUCCCAUUUUAAAGCGAUAGGACAGUGAAAUUUGAAAUGAACAGUACUUCCAAAAAAGUUCAACAGCUCCAGCUUGGUAAACUUGCCUGGGAACUAACACUAAAAAAUAUUCCCCCUUACUCUUUUCCUGGUAAGGCAGGAGAAGAUUACAUUAGUAUUCAUACAUACUGUAUUUUGACAGUAUUCCAUUCACUCAGCUGUUUGGUCAUGAAUAAGAUAACAGCUGAAAUAAGAACCUUGUGAUGGGGAGGAGCUCAACUGUAUUGAGGGUAAAACGUACAUAAAUCAGUGCCAUUCAGUGUUAAACGUGUUGGCGGAGACGUUAGAAUGAUGAUCAUUUGUUCCCUUGGUCCCUUUAUUGCUUUGCUCUGAAACAGUGACACACGAUGGUAUGCCAUUACCGUUGUACUUUUGUUCUAUGUCCGUCUUUUCAUCCUCAAUGUUGUUCCAAGUCAGAUAUUUAUUCGUAGUAUAUUUGUGUCUGUCAAAAUGUAAGUACUGUAAAAAGAGAUCUUGACGAUAGAAUCCGUAGUUGUGACUUGCAUUUUUGGACUAAUAUAUACCCAUCAGAACCUCAAAUAUAAGCUUGUUUUACUCCAAUGUUUGUAAACAAUGUAAAUGUAAACAAACACUGUAUAGCCUCAAAACAUGGUUCAAACUAUAAUUUUGAUAUCAUGGAGGGUCAGUCCCUUGCUUCCAUAGCUCAGUCUAUGAAUUAGAGUGUGGGUACAUUUCUCCAGGCCCAUUCCUUUUUAUUUAUUUAUUUAGUUAGUUACUUUGUUGUUUCAAUUAAGGAUUCUAGCUUUCAAUACAUUUUUCUGGAGCCUAAAAAAAUCAAGUAUACCUUUCAAAAUGUAUACAUCUACCGCUCCAAUAUUUGUUUAGAGAGUUUGAUUAUCAUUUUUAAAGCCCAAAGUUUCUGGAGUUCAAGUUGUUCAAAGUGAAAAUGCCAAUAAAUAUGGAAACCUG